CGCAGCCGGCGCGCUGCCGGAGGUGACGUUGCAGGUCCGGCGCGGGGCGGAGCCGGCCGGGACGCGGAGCUGCGGGAGCGGGCUGCGCCGGGAGCCGGGAGCGCGGCGUACCGGGAGCUCGGGAACACCAUUUUGGGAGGAACAGCAAAGAGAGUUAAGGACAAAAACUGAUGGACCGUUACAUCUUCCAAAAUGAGCCAUUUCACACUUUCCUACUGGAAAAUAACAUGUCCUGAAGAGAGAAGAACUCAGCGCUGGACUGUCCUCAACACUACCCAUGGUGCAGCUUCCGAGGACAGCUUGAUUUCUGUGACUUGAAGAGGAGGCACAUGUGCAGUGAGCCGAGAGGACAUGGGCUUCCAGUGCAUCUGGAACAAUGAUCAGGUACUGGGCCCACGUGUCACCUGUGAGUUGUGUCCUACAAAUGCUCUGAGCACCCCCUUGGACCGUCUCCUUGAUGCACACCCACGGCAUCAUGGCCAGCACUCAGGAGCGCCUGAGCCUGUCUUCCUCUCCCAGCUCCAUGGGCAAAGCGUUCUGUGAGGACAAAGACUUGGGGCGGCUGCCCGAGGAGCACCCCGCGGCCGGGAGCCGCCCGUCCCCCGAGCUGCUGGAGGACGUGCGGGAGCGGGGCUCGCUGCCGGCCGAGCUGCUCGAGGGCGUCAGCAGCCCGGGCACGGCGGCCGUGCUCACCAGCAUCAGCGAGGACGCCCGCGACCACUUCGAGAACAGCGUGCUGCAGCUGCGGGAGCAGGACGAGCCCGAGCCGGGGCUCCCGCAGGGCACCCGCAGCCCCGGCGACGGUGACACCAAUGGCGCCGGUGACGAUGUGAAGGUCCAGUUCAACCGGACGGGCAGCGGCAGCGGCGGCUUCCUCGAGGGGCUCUUCGGGUGCCUGCGGCCCGUGUGGAACAUCAUAGGCAAGGCCUACUCCACGGACUACAAACUGCAGCAGCAAGACACGUGGGAGGUGCCGUUCGAGGAGAUCUCGGAGCUGCAGUGGCUGGGCAGCGGGGCACAGGGCGCUGUGUUCCUGGGCAAGUUCCGGGCAGAGGAGGUGGCCAUCAAGAAAGUGAGGGACCAGAACGAGACGGACAUCAAGCACCUGCGCAAGCUCAAGCACCCCAACAUCAUCGCCUUCAAGGGAGUUUGCACCCAGGCCCCGUGCUACUGCAUCAUCAUGGAGUACUGUGCCCACGGGCAGCUCUACGAGGUCCUGCGGGCCGGCAGGAAGGUCACCCCGCGGCUGCUGGUGGACUGGUCCACGGGGAUUGCCAGUGGCAUGAACUACCUGCACCUCCACAAAAUCAUCCAUCGAGACCUCAAGUCACCAAAUGUUUUGGUUACACACACAGAUGCAGUAAAGAUUUCAGAUUUCGGUACAUCUAAAGAGCUCAGUGACAAAAGUACCAAAAUGUCCUUUGCGGGGACGGUGGCGUGGAUGGCCCCGGAGGUGAUACGGAACGAGCCUGUCUCCGAGAAGGUGGACAUCUGGUCAUUUGGGGUGGUUUUGUGGGAGCUGCUGACAGGAGAGAUUCCCUACAAAGACGUGGACUCUUCGGCCAUCAUUUGGGGAGUGGGCAGUAACAGCCUCCACCUUCCUGUCCCUUCCACCUGCCCAGAUGGCUUCAAAAUCCUCAUGAAGCAAACCUGGCAGAGCAAGCCCCGGAACCGUCCGUCCUUCCGGCAGACGCUGAUGCACCUGGACAUCGCCUCUGCUGAUGUGCUGGCUACUCCUCAGGAAACCUACUUCAAAUCCCAGGCUGAAUGGAGAGAAGAAGUGAAGAAACAUUUUGAGAAAAUUAAAAGUGAAGGAACUUGUAUCCACCGGCUGGAUGAAGAAUUGAUUCGCCGUCGGAGAGAAGAGCUGAGACAUGCAUUAGAUAUCCGUGAGCACUACGAGAGGAAGCUGGAGCGGGCCAAUAACCUGUACAUGGAGCUCAGUGCUAUCAUGCUGCAGCUGGAGGUGCGGGAGAAGGAGCUCAUCAAGAGGGAACAAGCAGUGGAAAAGAAGUACCCUGGAACUUACAAACGCCACCCAGUCCGACCAAUCAUCCACCCCAAUACAGUGGAGAAAUUGAUGAAGAGGAAAGGGGUGUCCCAUAAACCAGGCAGCCAGACCAAACGGCCAGAUCUACUGAAGUCAGAGGGUAUACCCAGCACAGAAGCAGCAUCCAAUGGCUCCCCAGUCUCAGGAAGUCCCAAGAUGUCAACACUGAGUGGCAAAAGCCGGUACCGCAGCAAGCCCCGGCACCGCCGGGGGAACAGCAAAGGCAGCUACAACGAAUUUGCAGGGAUCUUGAAAAACCAGCCAGCUCAAGACGACGCCCCCCAGCCCGGCCCUCCCCACCCUCCCCACGCCCCCGCAGCGCCGCAGCAGCCCGGGCACAGUCCCCACGGGCAGCACUCGCGGCUGCACGCCCACGGGCAGGACAUCGCCACCUGCGCCAACAACCUGCGGUACUUCGGGCCCGCGGCCGCGCUGCGCAGCCCCCUCAGCAACCACGCGCAGCGCCGCGUCUCCGGCUCCAGCCCCGACCUCAUCUCCACCGCCAUGGAGGCCGACUGCCGCCGCGGCCUGGACAGCAAGGACAGCACGGCCGAGCGCUGGGAGUGCUGCCAGGCCGAUCCCUACGACCCCUGCCUGCAGUGCAGGGAUGAGGACAGUGGCCAGGCGCAGAUGGCGUCUGUGGAACCAGGGGGGAGCCGCCCCCAGUCCCCCGCGUCCCUCUACGAGAGCGCGCAGUUCAUGGAGAAGCUGGAGGAGCAGGGCACGGCGGUGUCCGCCCUGGGCACUCCCCAGCACUUGGCUUCCUCAGGGCUGCCCUGCAAAGCAAGAUCCCUCCAAAAGAGCGGGGAUGAGUCGUCAGAAGAGGAAGAGGGCGAAGUUGACAGUGAAGUGGAGUUUCCUCGUAGACAAAGACCCCACCGCUGCAUCAGUAGCUGCCAGUCCUACUCGACCUUCAGCUCUGAGAACUUCUCUGUGUCAGAUGGAGAGGAGGGGAACACAAGCGACCACUCGAACAGCCCGGAUGAGCUGGCCACCAAGCUGGAGGAUGAGCUGGCUGAGAAGCUGGAGGACAUGUUGUCCCAGACUCCAGAGAUCCCCAUUGAAAUCUCCACGCAGUCGGAUGGGCUUUCGGACAAAGAGUGUGCUGUGCGCAGGGUCAAGACUCAGAUGUCUCUGGGCAAACUUUGUGCAGAUGAACACAGCUGUGAGAACCCACCACAGUUUGGAGAAUCAGACUGUGACUCUUCUGAAGGGGAGUGUUCUGAUGCCACGGUCAGGACCAAUAAGCCCUGCAGCUCUGCUACUUGGUAAUACAGAUCUCCCCCAAAGCUUCCCGGUACUGGCAUUUUGAUUUCCCUGAGAUUCCACUUCAUUCCCCUUCAUCACACUUUACAGGAAGAGAAGAUGCUUCUCCUUCCCACCCCAGGAGUGAUUUGCAAUAACCCGAAUCUCUGGAAAAUGUCCAAAUGAAAUUAAUUCUCUUUGAGCAUUUCAAUCAAGAAUGGCAGGGAUGUAUUUUAUUGAAUAAUCUAGUUACUGUAACAUGGAUAUUUAUUUUUUUGACAUUUUAACACUUUUUACUGUAAAGAGUGGAUUGUAUUUAUAGACACACAGACUUGUUGCAAAAAAAAAAAAACGUUCAGAAAGCAAGCACACUAUGGAGAAACAUCCUGGGAGUCCUGCCUGGACAGCUUUGUGUACAGACGCGGGGGAUUCUCUUGCUGCUUGCACAGGGGACCAGGCCUCGUGGCCCUGAAGAUUGGAGAACAGAUCAAGAAAACUAAACCACUCAGUCUUAUCAAAUGAGGAAAAGCAGAAAAAGACCUGACUGUAGGGUCACCUGUGAACAAAGUGUUUUCAGUAUAACCAGCUGGGUCAUUUUUAAUCAGAAGGUGGACAUGUUCCUGGAGAAAACUGGUACUGAGGUGCUAACAACCAGGGUCUUCUGAGUCGAUACAUCCCCAGGAAUGUAAUGAUGGGUUUUAUUUUAAGGAUUUUUAGUUUCUUUUUUUAAUCAGCAUUUUGUUGUGAGAUCCUGCAAAUGUAUUCUAACCUCGUCCUCUUGAGAAUUGGUAUCAGAGCACUUCUUACCACCGUCCUUGCUUCACUCUGGGAGUGUCAACCUCCAGCUGAGCAGGGAAACCUCUCUCAGAUGCAGUGUGCCAUUUCCCAGUUUACUUCCUCCUCUUACCUCCUGUCUGUUUCAGUCAGUCAAAGAAAUCAAUCAACUCAGUGUUGGCCAAGCAAGGACUUGCAAAGCAUGGAAAGCACAUUCCGCAGAGCCCGAGCA